CUCACUCGUGUAUCUAUAGUUUCCUUCUGUUUUGAAACCCAAGCCUAGUGAAUUAGUUCUUGAAAAUAAUUGUUAAGGUGGAUUAAAAGUGCUCUAAUUGUUGAUUAAAAUAAAGCUACGAUGGAAAAGAGAGUCGCCUUGGAAUUACGAGGCAGAAACCCUUCACAGGUCAAGGAAUUGAACCUCGAUAACUGCCGGAGCACCAAUGUUGUUGGUCUCACAGAUGAAUACACAAACCUCGAAAUACUAAGCCUUAACAAUGUUGGGCUUACAAGUCUCAAAGGGUUCCCCACACUUCCCAAACUGAGGAAAUUAGAACUUUCAGAUAACAGAAUAUCAAAUGGACUAAAUUUCCUCAAUGGCUGCAAAAAACUCACACAUCUGAACUUCUCGGGUAACAAAAUCAAAGAUUUGGAGACACUGAAACCCUUGGAGGAAUUUAAAAAUCUAAAGAACCUAGACCUCUUCAACAAUGAUGUUACUAUGAUUGAAGACUACAGGAACAAGGUGUUUGCCUUACACCCAGCUCUAAAAUAUUUAGAUGGUCUGGACAAGGAAGAUCGGGAGGCUGAGGACAGUGAUGCCGAGGAAGAGGAUGAAAUGAAUGGAAACAAUGAAAGUGAGGAGGAUGAUGUGGACAUAGAUUUGGGUCCGCUGGUGAUUGACGAUGAGCCCUCAGAUAGGCCGCCUGAGAGCAGAUCCUCUCUUCCUGUUGUAUUGUACACAAUAUACGGCCUACUAUUUCACAUGGGGUUUCUUACCAGAAGAUCUGAAGUGGAGGAAGAAGAGGACGAUGACGAAGAUGACGGUGAGGUCUCGCUGAGUGCAGUCUACAAUGAGAACCUUGAGGAGGAGAGCUCAGAAGGCUCCCUGUACUCGGGCUCGGAGGAAGAAGAAGACGAUGACGACGAGGAGAUUGACGCGGAGCACAAGUCAAAGCUAGACGAGGAGGACGCCGACGGCGAGCCGGAGGAGAGCACUCGGGGUAAAAAGCGGAAACACGACGACGACGAGGAGAACUGAGUGUUGCCUUACGCGGAGUCAUCUUACUAGCUCGUAAGUGUACAGCCUCCGAUGCCUCGGACAAUAAACGCGAUCACAACACAACACACCCGUAGACUAGCAGUUGUGACUCCCGCAGGAGUUCCCGACCCCCGCGUAGCGAGAUGCUUACUAUAAAAAAAUUACAUGAAAAUAUUUUUGCAAAGUUGAGAACCCCCGUUCUAGCGGCACCCUCCGGCUAGCUCACCGCUUCUUCUCUUAGUGUUAAUCGCCUCGGCGACACCCGAAUGUUUUCUAUCAUUACGAUGUUGAUGUCUUUUGCGUGUAAUCUGUAGUUUGUUGUCCGACAAGUUAAUGUUUCAAUAAAAUUGUUUAUGUAGUAAUAUUUUUUUAUUCUAUUGACAUACUUAAUUUUAGUCUAAUCAUUGAAAUGAAAGUGCAAGAAAUUAGCGUUAAAUUAAAAUAGCUCUCAAAAGUUUUGGUAUCAAUUAUAUUAAAAUUAGAUUUAAGGUAAGAACAAGACAGUAAAUUAUUAGUGCCCUUGGAAUCCAUUCUAGUGUUAAAUUUAAUGUAGAGGCUUGCGGCUUCUUUCCAUGUUUUUGUGACUAAGAUAGAUUAGACCAAAGUUGCUGUUGGAAACGAGCCGCAAGUAAAAUUUUGAGAGUUAUGGCAGCCAAUGUGUGAUGGAGUUAAUGAAUGAAGUAUCUGAAGGCAAACUAGUUGCAAAUUACAAUGCCAAGACCAGUACUAUGAACUAUGACAACACAGAUUAUCGCCUUGGCAUACAACAAACUUGACAUGGACCACCUUUACAGUAAACUGAACAUGGUUUUCUUUUCUAACUACUUAAUCCAUAUUUUUACAAAAUAUCUCGUUAAUACCCAAAUUUUGACGCUGAAGCGUUCUUCAGUAGUUUUAUAUUGUAAUAAUUUAAUAUUAAGUUUUGUUACUUUGUAUAUGUGGAUUUUUAAUGUUUAGCAAUCUCACUAAAGAUAACUGAAUUUAUCAGUAUCACUAAAUUCCAAUGGGCGUAGUAAAUGAAUCCAAUCAAAUCUUUGACAUCCAAAUGAGUUCAGAGAGUAUUUUUCUACAAUCAUUUUAAUCUUAAUAAAAGAGCAAUUAAUGCACUUUAGAAUAUCAAUGAUAAUAUGAGAUGUUUGGUUGAAGCAACGUAGUAAACGUGCCAGAUAUGUUGAAGAGAAUUUUAGUUAAUAAUUUUAUUGUAUUAUGUAAGUCAUUAAGUUUAAGUAAUUUACAACUUGGCCUGUUGAUAUAUAUUGUAUAAUCCUAUUAAGAUUUUUAUUUCUGGGAUUGUAAAAUAAAACUUAAACUUUAA